AUGGACCCUACAAGAGCUCCAGAUUUUAAACCUCCUUCACCUAAUGAGGAACUUUCCCCACCAACUGAUCCUCAAUCUACUAUUCCUAAUUCCGAUCCAAUAGUUCCAUAUGUGUUGGCCGAUUAUAAUGGCUCUAUAGAUGCACCAUUUAAUCUCGACAGUAUCAAGAAAAACCACAAAAAAUCGUCUAGCAAACAUCAUCAUAAACACCAUACCAGUCGCAAGAAUUCCUCUGGGGGAACUGGUACAAGGGGCAGCCACCGUUCACAACAUAUACCAUUAAAUCCUUCGGAUUUCCAACCGCUGUCUGCAGAUGUGUCCUCUGCAGAAGAAGACACAGAUGAAAGUAGUAGUAGCAGUAACACGAAUAAUAAUAACAAUAACAAUAAUAAUACAGGAAGGAGUGAUAGUAGAACAAUCGAUGAAGCUCUAAACGAACAACUAAAAGCCAUAGAUAUUGGUGUCAAGAAAUAUCAAAUUGCUGACUUAGAGGAAGUACCUCAUGGAAUUGUAAGACAAGCAAGAGACUUUGAUGACUACGAAUUCCCAACACACAGAUUCUCUACAGGUCUUAAAGACCCAAAUAAACUACCUUUAGUAAUUGUAGCGUGUGGUUCAUUCUCUCCUAUUACAUAUCUGCAUUUAAGAAUGUUCGAAAUGGCUCUGGAUGCCAUCAACGAACAAACGAGAUUCGAAGUUGUUGGUGGUUAUUUCUCUCCGGUGAAUGAUACUUAUCAGAAACCCGGUCUAGCUCCGGCAUACCAUAGAGUAAGAAUGUGUGAGUUAGCUUGUGAAAGGACAUCUUCAUGGUUAAUGGUUGAUGCAUGGGAAUCCCUCCAACCAACAUAUACAAGAACGGCUAAAGUAUUAGACCAUUUCAACCACGAAAUAAACGUUAAACGUGGUGGUGUUUCCACAGCAUCUGGUGAAAAAAUGGGUUGUAAGAUUAUGUUGUUGGCUGGUGGUGAUUUGAUUGAAUCCAUGGGUGAACCAAACGUUUGGGCCGAUGCGGAUUUGCACCACAUUCUAGGUAACUACGGUUGUUUAAUUGUAGAACGUACAGGUUCUGAUGUUCGUUCCUUCCUCCUAUCACAUGAUAUUAUGUAUGAACAUAGAAGGAAUGUCCUGGUGAUCAAGCAAUUAAUUUAUAAUGAUAUUUCUUCCACAAAAGUUCGUUUGUUUAUUAGAAGAGGUAUGUCCGUCCAGUAUUUGUUACCAAAUUCGGUCAUUAGAUACAUCCAAGAACAUAAAUUGUACAUUAACCAGACUGAGCCUGUCAAGCAAGUUAUGGGUGGAAAAGAGUAA